UCAUCCCAAACCCCUUAAACCCUUUCCUCUUUUUAGCCCCACUGUGCACCCACCCAGUACAGUGCUGCAGUCUAGCUACUGUCGCAAGUCUGCACUGCACCCCAGGAGACCUUUCCGUUUUUGAUAUAUUUGCUUUAGUUCUUAACGACAGAGCAGGUUUUGUGUUAUAGGGUUUCCUGCUUCCAUGCAUGAAAGAUGGAGUACAUAUAGAUCUGUUCUUGGCCAGCUGUGUAACUGCAGCCCCAAACAAGGUCUUCCAGCUGAUAACUGGUUGCCAAUGCUCCCAACUUUUUCUUUUCACUGUUGGUUCCCAGAAAAGGAAGAGAUCUUAUCAUGGGCAUGCUUCCUACAAGUCAAAUCUCUUUUCCUUCUCUGUUAUUUUUAUCAGUCUCCCAGUCUAUUUCGGUGGCUUUGUAUUGGUGCAAUAGAACCCUCAACUCAAGAAGGGAUUAUCAUUUCUUGUAUGGUUCCUUCUCCACAGAGGAAGAGGAAGAAAUGGAGGUCUUUACUCUUCAGUUUGCAUGAAGAGCUGCCACAGCAGAAAUACAUAUGAAUGAAGCUUGUGAAGGCUACACACUAAACAAACUCAUGUGUCAUUGAAGCAAUUAAAAACCUACUUGUUGGAGUUUGAAGAUCAGAUCUGCACAGAAUUUCUGCAGAAAUUUGAAGUGGGCAUAUAUAUUAUAUAUAUGAACCUCAUAUUCCUGCAUGAUUCAGGAUCUACUUAAGCUCUAGAGUAAGAAACCUGCAUGCUUCUCUAUGAUCUUUCAUAUAUUUUCGAUUGUACUUUCUGAUAUCAAUGGAAAACAGAUCCAGAUGCAAACCCUUGUAAGAAAUGGAAUGGCACUAUGCCACCCAUUGAAUCUAGAAUAUAAUAGAUGAUGGAACCAGUCAUUAGAGAGAUGAUUGCCACAUGCAGUUCUCAUGAACAAGAUGGAGCAUGAAUUAAUUCAAAUCUUCCGGCUUCAUCUGUUAGAUUCAACUUGCUYCAUGAAAUCUCACUGUUCUGUGAAAAGUUGUGUGGUCCUCACUCCUCACCCUACUCAAUGGAUGCUGCAAAGAAGUUAGGUUGGUCCCUCACCUACAAGGGAGCCACAUAGUGAUUCUUGUAGUUAUCAUCCACAUCAAGCUGAUAAAGGUCCAGAAGUAUAGACCACAGUUUUGGAGCUAUAUGAAUGAAAUUAUUUAAGUUGGUGUAUGUCUUUCUUUCUUUGUCUGUAUAUCAUCUCCCACUUGAAACCCAAUUUUGAAUUCCCCUAGGGCAGCCAAUCGUGAUGCACCACGUCAGCCUAACGUGUGGGAGCCAUGUGUAUGGACCUAACAUGGUGUAUAGUGAUUGGCUUUGUAUACGAGUAGAACUACAGCAUGAACUGCUUGAAAUCUAUUCUGAAUUUUCUCUUAUGUCCUAUAUUAUAUUGCCUUUUCUUUUGUCCAAAUUGCUUUGAACUUUUCUUGUACCCAGUUCCUGCAACUAUUUCAUUAAGAUUAUUAGUAUUUCUAACUUUAAGUCACGUUAAUAUUAUGAAUUUCCAAUAAUUAAAAUGAUCAAGUCAGAAGUAAUUCUCUAAUGAAUAUGAAAAUUGUUGCUGAUAUUAUUGCUAUACAUUGGAGUUUGAUGGCAUAAAUAUUAAUUAAUUUCUAUUUGUUUUUUCUUUUUUCCAGCCCCUCCCAUGUAAAAAUACUCGUAUAUAUAUAUAUUGAUAGUUCUCUAGAAGGGCACAGGCAUCACUUUUCAAAAUAUGUAAACUGGUCCCAACUUGAAGCUUACCAUCUGCAAUGCUUUUACUAGUGAGCUCCACUCAUUUACUAAGCUAAGUCCUGCUUUCCUUGCAUGUGAGAUAACUUCUCUUAAAUUAGUACUUAAUAAUUAAGUAAAUUGGGAGUUAGUUAGCCAUACGUACUUAUAUUAUAACAUGAUUAUUUCACAUAAUUAAAACAUAAAUUGCAGGGAAGAGAUUAGUUGGGGGAAGGAAGACAACCCCAGCUUAUUUAUUAAGGCAAUGGUAGCUCAAUAUUCAUAAAAAUGGUAGAAAUGAAAUAUCGAUAAAGUAAGAUUGGCCCAUUUAUUUGACAGGUGUCAAUUUAAGCCACAUGGUUGCAAAUACACCUUACCUUUUUCUUUUCUUUUCGUUUCUUUACCUUGGUGAAAGCUUCAUGGAAGUGUAGCAUCUCUUCUUUCUCAAAUUUGGUGAGUUUCUUCAGUAAGUUUACUCUCUACGACCAAGUGGGAUAUCUACUAUCAGACCUGUGCACAAAUCGGUAAGGGGGAAAAGUUCAGAGGCAAAUCCGGUGGGGGAAGAUAGAUUGAAUGGUGCUGCAGGAUCUUCAUCCUUCUGAUCUUGUCUAAACAAUAGAGAAUCAAACCUUGAUUGUUGGCUACAGACUGCUGAAGUUUCUUCCACUUUUGAUUGCUUGCUCAGCGAUGAUGAAAGACCUAAGAUGAUCACAAAUUCAAGAGAAAAGGAUCUUCAGUCAAAGAAGGAAGGAAACGCCAACGAGGGGAAGGUCAGUAAGGGCUCAUCUAGUUCAAGACAAUGGUCAGCACUGAAGGAUCCAAGGAUUGUACGUGUCUCACGUUCUUUUGGUGGAAAGGAUAGGCAUAGCAAGGUUUGCACCAUUAGAGGAUUGAGAGACAGAAGGGUUAGGCUUUCAGUGCCUACUGCUAUUCAAUUGUAUGACCUUCAAGACAGACUUGGGCUCAACCAACCUAGCAAAGUAGUGGAUUGGCUGCUUGAUGCUGCUAAACAUGAAAUCGAUGAGCUUCCUCCACUCCAAAUGCCACCAAACUUCUGUCAAUACCCUCACUCAAUGGUAGUCUCCCAGGAYGUGAAUACUUCCCACCCAUCUCUUGCUUCUUUUGUAGAUGCAAAUGUGGAGUAUGUCAAGGAUGACACACCUCGCUCUUCACUCAGCAAGGCUGAGUUCAAGAUCGGUAGCAGUGUUGAAGAGGAAGAUCAAAUGGUGCUAUCCAAGUCAUCCUCACCAUACUGGAAUAAUUCAAUAAGCAUCAUUCCUCCCAAUAAGGAGGCUAAAUGUAAGGAAGUUGCAAGAGAAACAGCCACAGAGAAGAUCAAUUGGAUGAGGAAAAAUGAUGAACAAGAAACCACCCAAGAAGCUACUGAAGGUGAUCAGUGUGCACAAGGGUCAGGCCACACCUCUUAUCCCAGAGCCAACCAUGCUUCAUCUCUACCAGCUGGGUUGCUAAAUAAUUCAAUGCCUCCAUACAAUUCCUAUUACCACUGGGAGCCUUCAGCUGGUUUAUCCUUGUCUCAUCAUACGGGCAGCCAUGGAUAUUCAUCCCAAGCAGAAGAUCCCCACAACUACAAUGUCAUAUCCUUGUCAUCAUCCUCAUUGUCACUACCAACUGGGUCUCAUCAGCUACUGGUAUAUCCAUCAGGAACAACACCAUCGUUUCUUCCUCCAUUUGUUACCACCUCAUUGGAAUGUGACCCGAGACAAAUGAACCAUUUUCAAAUGCUGAGCUCAAGCUCGCAGAAUCAGCCAACAAAUUCUCUCAUUACACCAUCUCUGUACUCAAUAAACGCCUCCACUAGACCCUUCCAAUUGAGUAUAAACCCUAAACUUCUUCAUUCUCAAAACAAUAAUGGGAAUCAACCAAAUAAGGGCGGCAGUGGUCCUUGAAGCACCUAAAGCUAGUCAUUCCUUCAUUUAAAAGCUCUCAUGGGCCAACGAGGAGAAACCACUACAAGCACUCUACCGAUCGAUGAAGAAAGAAUUCUCUAUGUGGUUUCAUACCUGGAAACAUGAUGAUGACACAGAAGAUUAGAGGGUUGUCUUCUGCACUGUCAGGUUUUCUUCAUUUCGCAACUGGCGAGGAACAAAGAUUGGUACGAAUUGAAUCAAACAGCAGAUGAUCGAGUAGACCGUUUUCAGCUAAAUGAAUACCUCGUACUAGUAGGAUGGAUGCGCAACAUGGAUUGUUUUCUGAUAUUUACUGGAUAAAAAGGAUGGCGACAUGAAUCUGUUGUAACGACUUUGGCAACAUUAUUAGUUUUAUAUGGCAGUCUUGAUGAGUUUGAAUCAUUGUGGCUAUAAUAUAGUAUACUCUGCUACAUUUGAUUCAACAGAUGUAAUCUUAUAAGAACAUAACGUUUCACUGGUUAGUGACAUUAUCCACCCAAACACUCUACUUC